GUGCCUGUAUGUGGUCUCACUAUGGUUGCCCUCAGAGGUUAAAUCAUUAUCAGAUGAUAGCUGAUGGUUUCUAAGAUUGCUUAACACAUGACCAGUUGUUAAGGUUACAUUGUACUAAAUUCAGCAUGAUCAAGCGUAAUGGAAAGUAAAAUGAUUACAUAUGCAGUGUAGGUAUUCAAACUUGUGCAAUAAAAGGUAUUCAAACAUAAUAUGUAUAGUGUGUGUAAAUAGUGUGUGUAAAUUUCUUAGUAUCCUUCCACAAACAACGAAAAGAUGCAUGGAACUGUUUUGCAUUCUGUAAAUCUUCAACCCUGCCUUGUGCACAAUUUGCUUAUCAGGAUACCUUGUCAUUUGUUAUUGCUAAAUAUGUCUUUGCUCUCACCUCCCUUCUAUUGUGCCAUCCUGAUCUUAAAUGGACAAUGUUCAUCAUCAAGCAGUGUUUCUGGUGGCCCUCCGUGGAAAUGCCAUAUAAUCAGUAGUUCAGGCAGUUAAGAAAUAUAUAUAUCAAGAGUCUUUAAGGCUUUGGGGUUUGAAAAGUGCUGAAUCCAUAUGAAUGUAGCCCGCAGAAAUGCAAAUCUCUCUUCUCUUAUAUUUCUAAACUAGACACUUCAUAGCGGGCAAACAACUUUGCACAUGUCAAAAAAGUUAUCUUGUCAUUAACUUUAUGGCAUGUAAACACAUUUCUUAUCAGAUCUAUUUAUUUAGCAUCAUUGUAAACAGUUAGGUUGAAAUCUCUAAUCAGCAUGAUUUUAAUCAGGUUGAAGAAAUAUUGCCUAUGUAACUGCAGCUAUAGUUGUUAGGGUUUUGGUUUUGUGUUCUGUAUGUUUCCUGUUUCAGUUUUGCUUUGGCCUGUUGUUGUUUCUUCUCAUUUUGCCAUUUCCCAUGUUUGUUGAUUGUUGAUUCACUCCCUGCCCCUGUGGUCUAGUUCUGUGUUCUGGUUUAGAAUUGUCUGAUACUUAUGCAUGCGUUCUGUUAUAUUCUGGUACUUUCAUCCUAGUCUGUUGUUGCAUGCUUUACUUCCUGUUUAUUGUGAAAUCAUCUGUGUCUGGUGUCGGCGUCUAGUUUUGCUUCCUAUUGUCCUGAUUACCUAAUGUCUUUCACAGGUUUGCAUUCAUGCCUGUUUGCUCCACACCUGAGAACAACUGGCAUCUCACCGCCUGGCCGCCGGCCUGCUAGAACACAGUAUGCUAGCCACCAGCCAGCUAGUAGCUUCCAGGCUGCUAACAACCAGUAUGCUAGUUACCAGCUAGCUAGCAGGCUAGCUUGUUCACUGGAGCCAUACAGGGGAUCCCUGACCUGCCCGGUUUCCCGGCGGUGGUCCGAUCGACCCCUGCUCCUGGUUCUUUGUUGGUGGUCCGAACAACUCCUGCCCCCAGGUUUCAGCCUUGUUUUGUGUCAGUGUUUCUGCCUGAACACAUGGUGCAUCCUGACAAUACAAUUUUGGAUACCUUUGCCUUCUUGGACUGAUCAUCUGUGUACCAAACCCUGCUUUCAUUCUACCUGCUCUCCUCAGGAGCAUGUGGACAUGAUGUACAUCUCCAUGGAGACAGCCAUUGCCUUGGCCUCUGUGCUAGGGAAUGUGCUGGUGGUGCUGGUUGUGUGUGUGAACCGGGCUCUCCGCAACACCACCUUCUGCUUCAUCGUGUCUCUGGCUGUGGCUGACAUCGCUGUGGGGGUUUUGGUCAUCCCUCUGGCGAUUGUCAUCAGUCUGCGAUUUAACACUCAGUUCUACACCUGCCUCUUCCUCUCCUGCCUGCUGCUGAUCAUCACCCAGAGCUCCAUCCUAUCCCUGCUAGCUAUCGCUAUCGACCGAUAUCUGCGAGUCAAGAUUCCCACCAGGUACAACACCAUAGUGACCCAGAGGAGGGCAUAUGUGGCAGUUUGUCUGUGUUGGAUUCUCUCCUUCCUAACUGGAUUGGUUCCGAUGAUUGGAUGGAAUAACCGUGAUGCUCAAGGAAACAUCAGCAUUUCCAGCGAAAUUAUCUGUGAAUUCACCACUGUCAUGAGGAUGGACUACAUGGUGUACUUCAACUUCUUUGGCUGGGUGGUGGUACCACUGUCGAUUAUGAUUGCUCUGUAUGGGGAGAUCUUUAGGGUGAUCCGGCGACAGCUCAACCGUCGUGCUGAAGCCACUUGUGACGGUGACGGAGACAGGUACUAUCGGAAGGAGCUGAAACUGGCCAAAUCAUUGGCCUUGGUGGUCUUCCUCUUUGCUGUGUGUUGGCUGCCGAUACAUAUCAUGAACUGCAUCAACUUCUUCUGCCCAAAGUGUUAUGUACCCAAGUUUGCCAUGUAUGUAGGCAUUUUCAUGUCCCAUGUGAACUCAGCACUCAACCCCAUGGUUUAUGCAUUCAGGAUAAAGCCCUUUCGUGUCACACUGAUAAAGAUCACUCACCGUUGCAUGUUAUGUAAACCCACAGAGCCCACCAUGUGCCCCACCAGCACACCAGGCCUGACGGAGAAAGUGGGUGGAAACCUGUAACAAUGCCUGCAGUACUCUUGGUGUACAUGAUUUACAUUGACACUUGUGCGAUUAUGCGCUAUUUAGAAUAUCAACCCAUUAUUAUUAACAGACACAACAAAGUACUCAUGGGCCAAGUUCAUUUCUGACCUAUUCAUAUUUAUUUGACAUUGUUAGAUUUUGAUCCUGCAAUCACAUAAGAAGAAAAUGCAUUAUUUUGUUUCCACUUAAUGCUUCCUUGAUUGAUUCAUAUUGAAUUAUAAUAUCUACUGUAUGUCAACAUAAUAAGUGAUACUACAAACAUUUCAUGUUCAAAAAGCUUAGUGGUAAAUUCACCAAAAUAAACAUUCAUAGUGUC